AUGGAUCUUUUCCCCCAUAGCCAAACCCUCGCUUCUGCAUACGAGAGUGCUAGCCUGGUUGAUAACCAUAUCGACCCCUUCGCUAUCCCCAACAACGGACAUGUCGACCCCUUCGCUAUCCCCAACAACGGACAUAUCGACCCCUUCGCUAUCCCCAACAACGAACAUGUCGAUCUCGUCACCACCGGCAACCAGUUUCAAGACGACCUUGACCUUGGGGAGGAAUUGGAUCUGGUUCCUUUCCCGUUCGCUCCCCCUUCCAGAUUCCCGUUGCACAGAGCUGAAACUGGUUGUCGCCUUUCAGAACUUUCAGCUACCAGCGGUAAUUCUACGCCAACUACCAAUGCACCUUCCACCUCGGCUGUUGGCGUUCAAGAGCAGUUCGCGACCCUCCAGGCCGAAGCUAAGAAGAGAAAGGCUGCCAGUCAUUGGUCACCCGAUGUUAUUGAGAGGACAGUACAGGAGUUGGAGAGAAAACGAGCGGAGGACAAGCGCCAAUCCAAAGCCACGUUGCCGAAAAUGAAAGAUACUCGGAGGUUACAAGCGUAUCGGGGUAACGCGGUCAUGCAGGACGUUUCUUUACAGCUCUCCCGACUUCACGAGAACUAUCAAAUUGCCGGCUUUCUCCUGCUUAUGCCUCUCGAUGCAGACCAUCCUUUCAUGCCCCAGGCUGUUGUUAAGAGUCCUUACCUUGAGGCGGUAUUGCAAAAGCGCUGGGGCAUCGGCGGGAACGACUCCGGACAGAGCCAGGCUGUUCUCCUGUCAAUCCAGGCAGCGAUUCAUGAGCUUCGUGCUCGCCGUCAGGAUGCCUACACCGCUGCUGUGACGGGAACCGGCUCCACUGCCUCACUUGCGGUCCAGCAUUCCCGUCUGUCGUUGCAAGCUCAGCGAUCGCGAUUGACAGAGGAGAUUAAUAAUGUCAUGAGUGCUGGACUCAGCAAGAAGAUGACUACAGUUCCUUGGACGGGAAUGAAUGUGGUCUGUUUGGAGCGGGAUGUGUGGUGGGAAUGCGUUAAGGUUGACUUCGACUGGGGGUUGCUCUUGUACCUGGGUGAAAUAUAUGUCAAAGGGCAACUUGUCCUCAAGAGUAUCAAUGAUUACGAUGCCGGUUACGCUACCGCCAUCCGUACUGCAUUGAAACAGAUGGCCUUGAAAAACGACAACAAGGCUGCGAUUAAGCGAUUUUUUGGGAAAUCAAACGUUCAUGGCUGGCGGCGGGAAUCAAUACUCUCAGCAUCUAAUGACUGGGUCGACGCCAAGCCUUACAGCGAGGGUCGAGGUCAUGUUCCCGGACUGACGAGGGACCGAGCCUAUGGCGACGUUUACGUCGCCAUGGACUCGGUCCAGAGGCGGUCCGGGAACAUGACCUCGACCCGAGCCCGGGUCAUAUGUUCCGGAAAGAACCACAAAGAGUCCUCGAUGAGAGAUAUCUGGCCGUUCCCGCGAUCCCCGGUUAGCGAUUCGUGUUCCCGCAAAAAUCUCGCGCGUUCCCGCACGCAAAAAGUUCAUUCCCGUCGUCAACUCGAACCACGUACCACUUCAUCCCAACAAAAAGGUCGCAUGUGA